AUGGACCCAUCGACCUGUACAUUCAAGGGUAGCCUCAUCUCCGCUUUCAAUGUGGUAAACAGUGUGGCCGUUGAAUUUGUGAUUCCGCACUUUACCUCGGCGGUUCCACUGACCGCCGCCCCCAUACACUCGAUAUUAAAGGUCGACAACAAUGGUGGUGCCUGGUGUCCCAAACACAUGGUCUCACGCGGCCUCAAGGAAUAUCUACAAAUUGAUUUGCUGCAGGUACAUGUGUUAACAGCCAUUCGGACGCAAGGUCGUUUUGGCAAGGGCCAGGGUCAGGAGUACACCGAAGCCUAUGUGGUGGAAUAUUGGCGUCCCGGUAUGGAGGCGUGGCGCCGCUGGAAGACUUUCCAGGGAAAAGAGAUAUUGCCCGGAAAUACAAACACUUAUAGUGAAGUGGAAAAUGUGCUGCAACCCAUUAUCUUUGCCUCGAAAGUUCGCAUCUAUCCCUAUAGCCAAUACGACCGGACAGUGUGUCUGCGUGCUGAAGUUGUGGGCUGUCCAUGGGAAG